CAGAGGGAAGAUGGUGGCGCAGGAGCAGUUCCGCGUGGUGCGCUGCGGCGGCAGCAAACUCAAUGGCUCCAGGGCGGCCUUCUCCGCCGACGCCAAGUAUCUUUUAUGUGCCUCAGGAGACUAUGUGAAAGUGUAUAGCACAGCUACGGAAGAAUGCAUACACAUCCUACAGGGGCAUACCAAUCUGGUGACAGGAAUCCAACUCAAUCCCCAAAACCAUCUGCAGUUAUAUUCUUGCUCUUUAGAUGGCACCAUUAAACUCUGGGACUUCACAGAUGGAAUUCUCAUUAAAACUUUUGUUGUUGGAUAUAAGAUUUUUGCAUUCUACUCUCUUGCUGGUUCUGACGAUUCAGGGUUUGUUAUAAUUCCAAAGAAUAAUGAAGAAGCAUCAGAUUCAUUCCAACUGGUUUUAGUGAGGCUGACAAAAGCUCCAGGCCAAGAAGUGGAAACCAAGGAAUUGUCUUUGAUUUUGGAUGAUAUAGACCAUUCGCCCAAAUGUACUGCGUUUGGAAGAGAAGGUGAAUAUGUGGCAUCAGUACGAGGCCUUCAUCUCUCUGUUUAUUUUUUCAAAAAGAAGAUGACUCACAGGUUUCCUUUAAGUGCAAGAACUGUAAAAGGUGCUAACAACUACUUCACUUGUGUAGCUUGCCACCCGAAGGAGGACUGCAUAGCAAGUGGACAUAAGGAUGGCAAGAUUCGUCUCUGGAGAAAUUUUACUCACAACAAAGAGUACACCUUCUCUGCUAUGCAUUGGCACCAUAAUGCCGUUAUGGAUCUGGCUUUCACUGUGGAGGGAACCAAUCUGCUGAGUGGAGGCCUUGAAUCUGUCCUAGUUCAAUGGCGUGAUGGAUCAGAGUCAAAGAAGGAAUUCUUGCCCCGUUUGGGAUCUACUAUUGAACAUAUCUCAGUCUCCCCUGAUGGGACUUUAUGUUGUACCUCGCACGCAGAAAACAAAAUAACAAUCAUACAAAGCAACCUGAGAGUGUCUGCAGUAAUUCAAGGUUUAGUCAAAGGCAGCAGUGUCAAGACAGGUUUGGUGGUUGAUCCUAGAACUAAGGCUUUAGUUCUCAACGGAAAGCCUGGUCACCUGCAGUUCUUUUGUCUUCAAAGUGAUAAACAGCUGUACAAUCUGGAUAUUGUACAGCAGGAAUAUAUCCAUCAAGCAGGUCUGAGCCAAACUGACCUGGUGAAAGCUGCAUUUAGUGCUCAAGGCAACUGGUUAGCAACAGUGGAACAGCGACAAGAAAAGGAAAGCGACCUUGAACUACAGAUGAAGCUGUGGGCCUAUGAUGAACAAAUGCAAAGCUUUAAGCUCAACACCCGAAUAAAUAUGCCACAUGAGGACCAUCUAACAGCUCUGUGUUUCCGUGACACAGAUGGAGUGGAAGAUGGCAUUCCUACCUUGGUAACUGCUGCUAAGGAUGGUCGCUUCAAAGUCUGGGUGUUUGUGGAUGAGUCUGACACAGACAAACAAAGUGUGGGCUGGAUCUGUGAUUUUGUGGGCAGCUAUCACAACUACCAAGCUAACAACUGCUGUUUCUCAGAAGAUGGUUCCUUGCUUUCUGUUAGCUUUGAAGAAAUUGUCACUGUGUGGGACUCUGAAACCUGGGAUCUUAAGUGUACAUUUUGCCAUCCACCUGGAAAAAUAUGGAGCCUUUGCUUUGGAAGACUCAGUUGUUCCAAAUACCUUCUUGGCACUACCGAUCAUGGUUUUUUGUGUUGCUGGAACCUACUUAGUUGUGCACUGGAAUGGAGCGCCCAACUCGGUGUCAUAGUUCUGCAACCUGACCCCCUUUCAGAAAACAUUGCUGCAGUCUCGUGCAUUUCAGAAGAUUCAGACUUGUUUGUGUUUAGACCAAAUGAGCCAAGACCAUUAUGUAUCCAAAGAAAGGUCUGCAGAGGGAAAGUCCAAUGUGCUGUCUUUAUCCCAAGAAAUGUUCCUGAAACAGUUGGCUCAGAAAAAUACCAGUGGCUAAGUAGAUCUCAGCUUUAUUUCUUGACUGCAAUGCAAGAGCUAAUGACAUUUAGCACAAAGUCCCCAGAAAUGAGACUUACUCCAUCAAGCAAACAGCUGGCAGUAGAAGAGAGUCUCCCCAUGACCCCCUUUUACUUGCUGUUGGGAAAGCACAGAGAGCAGCAACAGUUAAAGAAGGAUGCAGACAUUGGGAAAGCAGUUGUUCAUAGUCACUCAGCCCAGAGUUCACCUGCAGUCAAAGAGCUCCUGCACACUCCUGCACAUGUCUUGCCUUCUGCUGCUUUCCUGUGUUCUAUUUUUAUUAAUACAUUGCUGAUAUCCAAAGAGAAUAAAAGUAAUGGAGAAGUAGCUGACGAAGUAGAAAUGGAAAGUGAAAAAGCAGAGGAUGAAUCGGAUGAAGACAUAGAUCAUACUGCAAUUGAGGAAGAUCCAAAGCUAACAGAGCUUUGGGGUGAAAUGACACCAAAAUUGUCUAAGUCUCAGGAAAAAGAACUGCGAAAAAUCAGAAAAACAGACUACAGUUGGAUUUCUGCUCUCUAAGAGCAUCAUGACAAUUUUGCACUUUCUAUUUUUAUUUUUCAUCAGAAUUCCUUCUUAAACGGUCAUAUGCACAAUUAAAUGUUCUUCUACCACA